GUCGUCCUGUCGUCCUGUCGCUCACUCUUUCGCAGAAACAAAGAAACAAUUAAAGUGCAGAACCGCAAGGCGGAAGGAAGUGCAUACCACAAGUGAUUCCCCUGCUCCCGAACUGAGUUGCAUGUUGGAUUGUGCCACAAAAACUUUUAGCCAAGUUACCCCAACUCUACCUCUUACCUCCUUCAUGCCCCUCUCUGUGUAAAAUGAAAGCAGACAACUUCUUCAAGUACGGCGCCCCUUUGUACCAACCGAAAAGUACCCGGAGCCACUCGCACUUGCAGAACCAACCGCAAGCCCACACCGGCAACAUCGGCCAUCUGACAUCGUCCUCGCUUUUGACGAGUGACGACCUGCGUCAUCUCACCCAGCAGCGUUCCACAGGAUAUUCGGACAGGGAGAGCAUUGCCAGCGUUAGCAGUGCGGGUGGUCGGAUUAAGCGGCGAUCGAGAAACUUCCCGAUGAAGUCCUCGAAAGGGGGCAUCAGCAAGAAGAGCAAGACCAUGGAUUAUACCAACUAUGCCUACAACGAGGCAGUGGGUAGGCUGAAGGUAAUGCUGGCCGACAACUCCUACGUGGCACCCAAAUUGGGAGGGGGUGUGUCUUCCUAUUUGCGCAACUUCAACGAGGAUUCCGGGGACAACUUCUCCGACAACCUAUCGGUUAUUGAGCGUCCCGUCUUCUCGGACAUUUCCAAGUACUUGUCGCCCAGCCAGAAGUCGCGGAUUACCUCUUAUCGUCCGAAGAAGAACUAUACCUCAGGGUAUCUCUCGGCUUCCAAGGAGAAUCUAGCUUCCACUCCCGCUCUCUACCCGAGCACUUCGGUUCCGGCUGCUCCUCUUCCCGCGGACAGUGUCCCAGCUCCUGUGGAGAUCUUCAGCUUCAUUGAGAAGCAAGAGGACUAUAUCGAGCAGCUGGAAAAGGAGUCCAAGUACUGUCGCAAUGAGCUGACCAAUCUGCUGGGUAAAGUCAAGGAUGUGAUCAAUGAGAAUGAGCAGCUAACGGAGAAUGCUCGAUCUGAGUUGGUGGCUCUGGGUUCGGGGAAGACUCAGCCACCAAUAAACACCACUAGUCCUUCCUCGGAUAGUGACGAGCACUUGGUGUUCGCCAGUGGACGAAAGACACCAUCGACUCCGAGGAAGAGUGCCUGCAAAGGACAAGUUCAGAGUCCUCGCUAUGCAAGUGCCCCAAAUAUCGUUUACGAGGCUAGGAUCAGCGAACUGGAAGCCGAGUUGAUGCAGGCCAGCAUCGAUCUGAGACGUCUGCGCACCGAAAACGAGGAGCUCAAGCGGAAACUGGCCCACACGGAUCCUCUGUCAACGGUGGCCACCCUAACUGGAGGUUCUAAUUGCGAUUUGCAUCGCAAGCAGCUAGAGAGCCUGCAGCAGGAUAAGGCGACUCUGGAAGAAAGUGUUCGCCAUUUACAAAGGCUUCUAGACGAGGCCAAGGCCCAGAGUCAGGGAAGUGCCUCCUCCAAGCGCUACAUCAGCGAUUUGGUGCAGAUGGAGCGCUCUCAGGCUGAGCUAGAGGUGCGCCAUCUCCGGGAUGAACUGGAUCGCCAGCAUGAGCGAGUCAGGGAACUGCAGCAUGAGAUGGCCAGGCGGUUGGCCGAGGAGCGGGCCAGUGCCGAGAGGCGUUACAACAGCCAGGUGGAUCAGCUGGGCGGGGAUCUCAGUUGCCAGUGGGAGCAGGUGGCCAAGCUACAGUUGGAUCUGGAGCGCCAAAAGCGCUAUGAAACCGAUCUCAAGCGGGAUGUGGCCAGUCGCAAUUCUCAGAUCGAAGAGCUUAAAAUGGAGCUAAGAGCCAAUAGAACCACCUUCCUGGCGGACAUGGCUCAGGUGAAUGCGGAGAAGCAAUCCCUGGAGCAGGAUAUAACCUCGUUGCGUCUGCAAUUAGAUCGGGCUGCCAGGGAGACCAAAACAGAGGCAGCUCGUCUGACUGCUGAGAUAAACUCGCUGAGGCAGCGACUGGAUCGUGGGGAUGCAGAUCUCCUUCACUCCAAGAGGGAGGUAUUGCGGCUCAACGAUGAGAUAGCCAAUCUAGAGAAGGAGCUUGCUUAUGGGGAGCUAAAGAAUGAGAUACGACCCACCAAAAAGGACCUGGACAAGCGAAUCUCUGAGAUGCAGGAUAAGCAUGCGGGUACGGUUAAUGAGCUUGAGGAAAUGAUAACAUCUCAGAAGCAACUCAUGGAUAAACUGACGAACGAGUGUAAGACCUUAACGGGCAAAUUAGAGGAUACGACCUACAAGCACAAUCUAGAGAAGCAGCAGCUACGAGCCACAAACGAGCAGCUGAUGUCACGCCUCAGACAAAUCUGGGGCAAAUACAAAUCACAGCUGAAAGUGCACCAAGGAUCCCCGGAGCUGAGCUCCGAGGACAUGCGAGACGAGCACCCAUUAGAAUCCUUGACGCCGCUUACGACUACCAGGCAGCGACAUAUGGCACCCCAAUCGAACCCAUACAAAGCACCCCACAACAACCACACAACAGCGCCACCGACGAUGACUACACGUCCGGAGGGCUUGGCCUGGCCGAUGGAGCAACUGCCUCAGCCGCAGCCACAACAGCAGCCAGUAUUGCCGCUGGAGCAGCUGCAGCUGGAGCAGUCACAGGAGCAACAACAGCGGGCACAGGACGCAAGAGCAGUAUCGCCGACUAUGGACUCCAGGAUAACGAUGACGAGAAUCUCAAGGACAACCUUGGCCUGGGCGAAAAGCAGCAGCAACAACAGCAAGACCUGGACAGGCAACGGGAGCGGGAAGAACGUGACCGGGAGCUCCAGCAACUCCGCGAACAGCGCGAGAAACGCGAAAGGGAACGCGAGCGGGAGCGGGAACGUGAGCAGGCCGAGCAGCAGCAGCAGGCGGAGCAGCAGCAGUCUCAGCAACAACAACAACCGCUGGCCGAUAGCACAAUUGCAAAUGCAGGCAGCGCCAAUCUGGCCGCCUACAACACCGACUACAGUGCCUACGACCAGCAGCAGUACGAUGCCAGUGCCUAUGAUCCCAACGCUUAUGGCCAGCAGCCAUACGAGGGACAACAGUACGACUAUGGGGAUUCCGGAGCCGGCUAUGAUUAUGGAGCAACGGACUAUGGACAGUCUGGAUACCAGUAUGACGCCACGCCAGGAGGCACCACAGCCGCUCAGCCACAGUCCCAAUCCCAGUAUCAAGCACCAGCUGCCCCCCAGCGAGUGGCCACGGACUACAACAGAUCUCCACCACCGUUGGCAGCGGCGACAGCGGGCAUCACGUCCCCGCCAGCAACAGGAGCACCCGGAACAGCAGCAGCAACACCAGCAACAGCAGCCGGAUCAACCGUUUCCGGAACGGGCCGACCACAAUCGCGCCCGGGCGGUGGAACUGUGGGGUCAGCAGCUGCUGCUGGAACAGUCGCCGGCGGAAAAUCCGCUGUGCCACAACAGCCUGCCGCGUCAGCCGCCGGCAAGAAGUAGCUGGAGCCCCGACUGCGAGGAUCGUCUGACGCUGGAGUGCUCCAUUAGUAGUCCCAGCCUGAUGCGCUCAUCCAACGAUGAGACCUGCUCGGAGCUAGCCGAUCUCAGCGAAACAUUCUUGAUCUUAGCCGACGCUUCAGAGACGGAGAGCUUGUCCCCGGCACACACUACCAUCAUUACGGCCAGAAGAUCAAGUGCUCCGGCGGUGGUCCAGCAAACGGACAUUGCCAACGAGACAGUCAUCAUCGAGCGCCAUCUAGAUGCCCACGGAUAGGGGUCAGCACCGAGUUCUCCAGCAAAAGUUUCUUCAGUCAACAUACGUACGUUCUACUCAUGUGUUCCAGGAUUAAUCAAGCAAAGGAAAUUCAUGUUUUUUAACU